UGGUGAGUCUUCGCAAAUGACAAAUCAGAGGAACUGGCAACGAGGCAACCUGGAGCAGCAGGAGGAGGAGGAAUGGAGGAUCGAGUAAGGUUUCAUUUUGACGCGAUUCGCUUGACCUCCACAAAGUCUCCAACCCAACCCCGGUCCAGACGGACAGGCGUCAUUCGUCAAAGUCACACACCGAUGAAGACGAUACAAGGAAGAAUGCGAGGAAAAUUACCCAAAAAAAGGCGCAAAGGAAGGAGCCAGAACAGUUGGCGGCUAAAUAGAGAGAAUCAAAAAGGAGAGGAGGAGAUUGAUGAAGUUGUGGCUUUGGCAUUUCUUCCCUUUUUUUCUAAUUCUGGAGGGGUUUGCGUCUGUGUGUGUGGAGGAGAACCCAAAUCACAGCUCAACCAUCUGAGAAAUCCACCCAGGGAAAAGGACCUGUUUACACUCUACCAUAUCAUUCUCCUCAUCUCUUCGUCCUUCUUCUUGCUUCAAUCAAUCAUCAUUGAAAUUAUUUGAGCAGACAACAACUCGGUGUUACUAAUUUCGUUCAUUGUCCUAACAAUUAGAGUAAGUUAUAAUUUUCAUUUUCGUUAGAAUUGCUGGAAUCUGUAAUUCUCCAACCCUCUUCUCUCGAACUACAUCGGAGUUGUCCGAAUGGCCACAAGGCUUCCUGCAGGAGUCGUCUCUGUUCGUUACGUUCUUCUUCUCUUGUUCGUUUUGGUGUCCGUUUCACUACCCAACGCUAACGGUUUGACAAUUUGAGUAGAACAUUAUUUGUUCCUGCUGUGUCAUAUCAAAUGGGGAAGCAAUUGCAUCACAAAUGCUCCAGCCUCGCAUUUGAGGACCGCAAUCGGGGCUGCAUGUCAAAUGUGUUUCAUAUCCUUGACUUCCAUCAAUGGCAUAAUGUCAAAAAGAUGCUACCGUACAAGAGGCAUGGUGCUGGAAGACAUUCUGGGGGCCUUAAAUAUGCAAAAAUGGAUCAGAAUAUCCCUAAUACUAUUGAAGCACAAGAAUCCAUGGAUGCUGAAGUGAACAAACUGCUUAUUCAAGAAAAAAUGACAGUGAGCAGCCCGACCAACAAGAAAUCCAGCAAUGCCCACAUCAAAACACUAAUUGCUGAAGAAAUGUCAAAAGAAUAUGACCACAAAUGCCAGACUUCAGCAUUGCCCGCACAACUACAGCUACUACGUACUGAUUCCUUCCAUCAUUUGGAACCUUCAAAUGAUGGUUGUUGUGAAGAUAUGAGAGUAAAUGGCGAGAGUCCAAGAAUUGAUCCCAACCAAUAUAAUGCUAGUUCAGUCGCAAGCAAGCUGGUCCCAGACAUGCUAAAGCCUCCUGAGACAGAUUUCUGCAGUGAACAAUGUGAGGUGUGUGGAAUAAUGAGAGCUGUAAAGAGCUUCGGGGAUAUUCAAGUUGAUGAAUUGGUGAUGCAGCUAAUUGAGAAUCAUUCACAUCUUCAGGAUAUGCUGGACAUGGGCAUGCCAAAGAAGCACAUGGAUGCUAAGGAUCUCAUAAGAGAAGCUUUGUUCCCCCAGUCAAAGGAAUUUCCGGAUGUUAUGGAGAUAUCUCAGGUAAACAAGGAAUUGUUUUUAAAAAUUCUGCAAGAUCCAGACUCUUCUCUGGUAAAUCAGUUCCAGAACAUCCAGAUAUCCAGUGCUAAGAGGGAAUUGACCAAGUCAGGUUCGUUCCCUGUUGCUUACUUGUCAUGUAGAAACAAUGUUAGGUCAAGCAAACUCAAACACAAGCUGAGUGAAAUUGGAUCUUUUACAAAACGAGAGGGGCAGUUGCAAGCUGGGAGUUCGCCUGCAAAGUUGCCCACAGCUGAUUCUUCAGAUGACACAUUCACACAGCCUUUCCCAUUGAUGACUGAUGGUAAUAAGCAAGAAAGGAUGGGAACUGCUGAACCUGGUAAUGUUUCAGGUUAUUAUGAAUUGAAGAACCAAGGGGAUCGUCGAGUGGUUACAAAUCGUUUAAAAAAUUUUAAGCGGAGGAUAAAACAUGCAAUCAGAGGUACUGGAAAGGAACGUCACCGGAUAUCCAUGGAUGCUAUCUUUCAUAGAAUCCCUUAUGGCCGUAAGCAUUCCAAGGAUGAGAAGAAGGAUAUGUCUGAUCACUGGAAAGAGCUCACAACAGACAGAGAUUGUAAGGGAAGCCCUAGUAGUUAUCGGAGUGAAAGUCCUGUUUAUGCUCUUGGCAAGGGUGGACUCCAUCGCCUGAGAAGAACGGCCUCUCUUAAUGAAUCACUGCAUAGAUACUCUCAAUUGUUUGAAUCUACUUUCAGCAGAGAAGCUAAGCAACAUCUGUCUUACAGAUUAAAGUUGACAAAUGAAGAUGCGGGAUCCCUUGGUGGACCUGCCCCAAAAGCCUUGGGCAGGAUUCUAUCUCUACCUGAACUCAAGUCUUUCUGUUCUCUGCAAACUGAGGUGUCUCAUGAUACUUCUUGUUUGGGGAUGCCCAAUCGCACUCAUAUGGACAGCCCUGCUAAUAUGGAAAGGUCCAGUCAAAAGCUUGCUGUUCUUUCCGUAGGUACAGAAAAUGACAGCGAGUUAGAAGCUUCUGUAGAAAAUGCAAGUCAAGAAAUCUUGGUGGAAUUGAGUGAAAUUAGUCUAAUUCAGGUGGAUCAGGUGGAACUGAUACUGAAUGCAGAUGAUGAUGGUAAAGAGGAUAAAACAAUUGAUAAUUCGGACAACCAGACAACGUUGGAGAAUAUAUCUAUUUCUCACUAUCUACAGGAAGUUGAGCCUGCACCAGAUGCUUGUAUUAAACAGGCACUACCAAGUCCAAACUCUGUUCUAGACUCUGACAAUUCAGAGUAUAUCAUCACAGAAGAAGCAGACUCUGGGUUGAAACCCAGGCCUAUUGAUUUCAAUGAGCUGGAUUCUUUGGUCAACCUGCAAGACCCAUCUUCCAAGGAUUCUCCUUCUGUGAAUAGGAGCACAAUGGAGAUUGUGAAUGUGAAAAGUCUAAGCAAGUAUUUUGAUAGUGACCUUCCGCACGUUCAGGUGGAUAAAAAGGAUGAAUCCAACUUCAAUUAUGUGAGGGAAGUGCUCGAGCUAUCAGGCUUCAGUGGGAAUGGGAACCUUGGGACAUGGCAUUUACCAGACCAGCCAGUGGACCCGUCAUUGUUUGAACUAGACUGUUCUAGAGAGGAAACUGGUAGCAGUUUUGAUCACCGGCUUUUGUUCGAUGUAAUUAAUGAUGUCUUAAUAGAUAUCUAUGAGAGAUCAUUCAUGUACUGGCCACGGCCCUUGUCCAUCGACUUGAACAUCCGUCCAAUGCCCGCGGGGUGCCAUGUUGUUGAGGAGGUAUGGGCCAGUAUUAGCUGGUUCCUAAGUUAUCAACCCGAGCUUGAUCAGUCAUUGGAUUACAUCGUGGCUCGUGAUCUUGCUAAGGCUGAUGGGUGGAUGAGCCUCCAGUUUGAGUGUGAGUGUGUUGGACUUGAACUUGAGGAGUGGAUAUGGGAUGAACUUCUUGAGGAAGUUAUGCUCGAGCUUGAGGGGACCUGAGUACUCAUCUGAGGGUGCUUUCUUCUCUGUUUUCACUCAUAAAUGAAGCUCUGUCUUCUUACUAAUAGGGUUUCUUCAAUUAACCUUGUAUAGAUAUAGAUGAAGUUAGAGAAAGGAAAGUUAUUGUCAAAGUUCAAAGACAUUGUACAGUUAAUAAACUGUUGUUAGUUUUGAAUUA